AUGUUGCGAGUGAAGAGCGUGUUCUGCAGGUACAGGAGACAGGCGCGCCACGUGAGCAGCGGGGAGGAACUAGCGGCGGGCGUGUACGACACGGUGGUCAUCGGGGGGGGCGUGACAGGCACAGCGCUGCUCUUCCUCCUGUCCAAAUUUACCAACCUGAAGAAGCUAGCCAUCCUAGAGAGGAGGAGCGACUUCGCCCUGGUUGCCUCCCACGGAAAGAACAACAGCCAGACGAUCCACUGUGGAGAUAUAGAAACGAAUUACUCAUUUGAAAAGGCAAAGUUUAUAAAACGCUAUGCAGAUUUGUUACGAAAUUAUUUGUGCCAUUUGCCAGCAGAGAAGCGAGAGGGAAUUUCCAGUGUAACUCAAAAAAUGGUGCUCGGGGUGGGUGAAAAGGAGUGUAGUUUCUUGGAGGAAAGGUACCCCGUAUUUAGGAAGCUGUUCAAACCGAUGAAGCUGUAUGGCAAAAGUGACAUACAUAGUGUGGAGCCCCGAGUGGUUUUAAAAAAUGAAAAUACUCUCCGAGAGGAAACGUUAGCAGCGUUAUACAUGCCACCAGAGCUGACGACGUGUGACUAUCAAAAGCUAUCAAACAGUUUCGUCGAGUGUGCUAGAAGUAUGAAUGGGGUAGACUCGAAGAAGAUCUCCAUCAACCUAAAUACAGAAGUUACAAACAUAGAAGAAGCAAACGAGUCGUUAUACAUAAUUCAUACCAACAGAGGAUUUAUUAAAUCUCGAUUCGUCGUCGUUUGUGCAUGUGGGCACUCUCUCAUGAUAGCUCAAAAAAUGAAUUACGGCUUGGAAUACAGCUGUCUUCCCGUAGCCGGGAGUUUCUACUUCUCUGGGAACGUUCUUAAUGGGAAAGUCUACACCAUACAGAACCCGGCUCUCCCAUUUGCAGCCGUACAUGGGGACCCAGAUAUUAUAGAGAAAGGGAAGACUCGCUUCGGGCCUACUGCUCUCCCACUGCCACUACUAGAGAGAGAUAACAUGAAUACCCUAGUGGACUUCCUAAAAGUCUGGAACCCAGAUUUGAGUCUCUUUCACGUCUAUUUUAACCUUUUUAAAGACAUGACCAUGCUCAAGUAUGUCUGUAGGAACUUCCUUUUUGAAAUCCCCAUCCUUAACAAGUACCUUUUUUUGAAGGACGUCCGGAAAAUCAUUCCCUCCUUGACCACUCGGGAUCUCUCCUACUGUGUUGGCUACGGGGGGGUCAGGCCACAACUCAUAAACAAAGUGAGCAAGAAACUCAUCCUGGGGGAGGGGAAAAUCGACCCGGGGAAAAAUAUCAUUUUUAACAUCACGCCCUCCCCCGGGGCCACCACCUGCUUGGGGAACGGCGAGAGUGACAUGAACAUUAUAUGCGAGCGCCUCAACGGUACCGUCGAUAGACCCGCCGUGCGGAAGUUCCUCUACCAGGGGGACUACCCCGUCGAUUACUUGUAGUGCAAGCGGAGUGGAAGCGUAGCGUAGCGAAGCGGGUGGAAGUGAAGUGGAAGUGAAGUGGAAGCGUAGCGUAAGGAAGCGGAUGGAAGUGAAGCGAAGCUGGGCGGAUGGAAGAGGAAGUGAAUCGGAUCGGUUAGAAGCUUGUGGAAGUGGAAGCAAAACGCGCCCACUUUCCCCCCGCCGUACGGUCCACUUCCAACACCCCUGCUCGUCACCCGUGAGCGAAGUGCAACUCCAGAGCCGCCCACCCCUUUGUUCCUGUUCCCCUUCAAAUAGGACCCCUUUUUUUUUUUUUAAAUGUGUUAACCAUGUGGGGAUUUUUUUUUUUGGCGGACGUGCUAACCAUGUGGGGAUUUUUUUUUUAUGGCGGACGUGCUAACCAUGUGGAGUUUUUUUU